CUGCAACCACCGCGAUAACUUACCCAUGUUUCUGAAAUUGAACGCUCAUCCCUUUCUUCGUCGGUCCUUCGGGAAAUCAGCGAGCAGUUCAACCCGAAACACGAACCGAUGGGGAACGAUUUUUUUUUGACAAUUGACUAUGGGGAAACGGAUGGCGGGACAGCGUCGUCCCAAGCUAAUCCCCAGACUUUUUUUCUUCCUUCUGCUCUUUCACUCACUCCGUUCUCUCUUUCGUUGACAAAGGCGUACGCUCGUACUGAAACUAAGCUGUCGAACGUCCCCUUGCUGAAGCAGAAGACUUGUUCAGACUCAUCGUUGGUCGACUCUAGCGCCCCCCAAAAAAGUCGAACUCAAACCUAUUGAUUCUCGGUACUUUGACUACGAAGUCAUCCCAACCGACAAAAAGAACGAGCUAUGUCGUCCGCUAAACGCUCCCCAUCUACCUCGGAAUCCUCAUUCCACGCCAGCCUAAAAGCAUCCCUCGUCUCCCGCGAGUCUCGUCAGAUCCGCCGUCGACUGCCCGUUCCCUCCGACCCAAUCCUUACUUCAUCGUCACCUCCUUCAACAUCGUCGUCAUCGUCGUCUUCGCCGUCGGGUAGCGACUCGUUCUCGCCCUCAGAAUCGACUUUCGAACCCACCCCAUCGCCCACCUUCUUCGCGCCCACCGUCCCUCUCACCGCCUCCCCCUCCACCAUCCCAUCCACGCGCACCCAACCCUUGCAACCCCUCGACUUCUCAACAAACGACUACCUCUCCCUCUCCACCUCCUCCCCCCUCCGCACCCACUUCCUCCGCACCCUAACCCACACCCCGCACAUCCUCGGCUCCGGCGGUUCCCGUCUACUCGUCAACCCUACGCUCCAUGAUCGUUUCGAGAGGAGGUUGGCGCGGUUUUAUAAGAGUGAGGAGGCGUUGUUGUGGAACUCGGGGUUUGAUGCGAAUGUGGGGGUGUUUGGGUGUUUGCCGAGGGGGUGGGGUGGUGGUGGUGGAGGGAGGAAGGGUGCAGAGGGGAAGGGAGGAGAGGGAGAUUGGGUCGUGUUUGAUGAGUAUGUGCAUGCGAGUGUAUGGGAUGGAAUGCGCGCUUGGGAAUCGCGGAACCAUGAUCGGUCGGCGUCAUCCUCCCCAUCCUCGUCCUCGUCCUCAUCGACGCAAAGAAAAAGUCAUUGCAUCCCAUUCAAACACAACGAUAUGGCCUCGUUGUGUCGUGUACUGGAGACGUUGAUAGAAAAGGAAGAAGGCGUGAGAGAAGGACGGAGUACAGUAUUCGUGGCGGUUGAGAGUUUGUAUUCGAUGGAUGGGACUGUUGCGCCGUUGAAGGUUAUUGUGGGCAUGUUGGAGGAGCUUUUUGGGGAGGGCUCUGGCAUUGGUUCUAACCGUGGUGGAAAAAAUGGUGUUGGAAGGAGAAAGAAAAGGGAGGCGUACGUCAUUGUCGACGAAGCGCACGCGACGGGGAUUUAUGGACCACAGGGGAGGGGGAUGGUAGCACGGGAAGGGCUGGAGGAAAGUCCGUGGAUAUUGGCGCGGUUGGUCACGUUUGGGAAGGCGUUGGCUGCGAGUGGAGCCGUCCUCCUCACGAACACAGUCGUCCGAGAUUAUCUACUCAACUAUGCACGACCGCUUAUAUACACUACCGCGUUGAGCAAUGCGAAUAUAGUGGCUGCGAGCUGUUCGUUUGAUAUGUUGGAGAAUGGGGUGGCGGGGGAGAUUCAUCUUAACCUUUCAACCUUCUCUUUGAUUUUCCUCAGCACUGACGAUCCGAAAUUCCAACUUAUCCAGCUCUCGGCCCACCUCCUCGAUCUCUGCGAUUACUUCCUCAACCUCAUGCGCAAAGCGAUAAAAGAACAUGGCAUUCCGGCACAUAUACUCUGUCUGCCCGAACAUCUCGUCUCUCCUCUUCUCCCUUCCUCUCCUACUCCCUCUACUCCCUCUCACCUCAUCCCCACCUCCACUUCCACUUACCCUUCAGCCUCCCACCCCACCGACUCGUCCUCCUCACACGCACCACCCCCAACCCCAAUAAUCCCCCUCCUAACUCCGCACCCCCGCUCCCUCGCCGCCUACCUCCUCUCCCAUCACGCGAUAACGAUAAAACCGAUCACCUAUCCUACGGUGCCGAAGGGAAAGGAGAGGGUCAGGGUGUGUUUGAGGGCGGGGAUGGGGAGGGUGGAGGUGGAGAGGUUGGUUGACGGGGUUGUGGGGUGGGUUGGGGAGGUUAGGAGGGGGGAGGGGGAGGUCAAAGCGGGAGAGGAGAUGGGGGAGCGGGGGAAGGGGAAAGAAAGGGAGAGGGCAAGGUUGUAG